AUGGGCUGUUGUGGAGAUCCAUGGAUCCAUCGAUCGCAGAACUCAGACAAGCUGACGAACCCGAGAAGAGGGCAGCCGGACGAUGGUAGUAAUAACAUUGUGAUGAAACGCCCCCGUCGUGCGACAACUGCAAAAAGCACAAUAUUGAGUGCAAGUUUGCUGUUCCUCCCGGCCCUGCAGCUACAAGGUGGCAGGGUCGGAGCGAGUCGGCCGGAUAUCCUCAAUGACACCCCAAAGCUACCUCCCAUUUCUUUAUCUACAACUUCAUCUCCAAUUUCCUCUUCCACUGUUGAUCAGCUUGAUAUCUUUACCGCCUUUGAGAACAGAAGCUCCCGCUUCACGUCUAAUUUGCAUCUUGAUGAUUUAAACUUCUUGCACAAUUACAUGACGAACACCUAUUUAACGCUGUCAAACAAUGCCGAACAUAUAGAAAUAUGGAAGACUGUUAUUCCCAAGGAAUCUCUCGCUCACCUGUUACCUAAUGCAUGA